AUGGUGGUUGCCAGCGCGGCGGCGCCUCGGGUGGUCUCCAUCCUCGUCGCCGCCGUCGCCGCCGAGUGGGCGCGCAAGGCUGCGCUGUACCCGCUCGACACGCUCACCACCCGCCUGCAGUACUCGCGCCGGCCAGUACUCCUCUCGGCUCCGAGCGACAUCACGGCGAAGCGCGUGUCGCAGCUGGAGCAGGCGCGCGAGCUGGUCGGCGUCGUGCCGACGUCGCUCGUGUACAUGCCGACGUACGAGGCCGUCUCGCGCCUCGCUCGCGCAGUCGACGGAGCGCAGUGGGGCCUCCCCGCGGCGCUACCCGCCUCUCAGCUCGCAUCGGUCGCCACCGGCGUCGCCUCGUCGAGAGGGCUGUACGCGGGGUGGGGCGCCACGUGCGCGCUGGACGUGUCGUACGCGCUCGUCCAGUUUACCGCGCUGGAGUGGAUCCGCGCUCUCUCGACCUCGGUCGUCGGCCGCCCGCUCACCACGCGCGAGAAUGCGCUUGUGGGCUUCGCCGUCGGCGUCAUCACUUCGGCGCCGGCGGAGCCGCUCGACGCCGUCCGAGAAGUGGCGACGGAGCCACUCGAUGUGGUCAAGACGCGACUGAUGGGGCAGCGCUCGCGCCGGCCGGCGGCGGCGGCGCAGGCGGCGGCGCAGCAGCGGCAGCAGCAGCAGCGGGCGGGCGGCGGCGAUGGCGGCGGCGGCAGUGAUGGCGGCGGCGGCGGCGGCGGCGGCGGCGGUGGCGGCGGCGGGACGCGGCAGCGGCGGCUGGGUGGACGGCGCGGGUCUGCGGAGGGGUGCGGUGUGGUCGGCGAGCGAGCAAAGGACUUUGGGUACACGGGGCUGAUGCACGGGCUACGCCGCAUCGAGGGCGCGCUCGCGCUCUGGCGCGGGCUGCUGCCGCGGCUGCUGCUGAAGUCGUUUGGCUCGAUGAUCUGGUACCCGGUCUACAUGUUUGUGCUGCGCGUCAUGGCGCCGGUCUCGGCGUGA